CCAGAGGGAGGUCACAUGACUGUUCUGAGCGCUCCUCACCAGGAACUCGUGUUCGUUGGCCCUUUGAGGUUUGCAGAGGCUACUCCAAUGAGGGCUCCCUCGUGUUCCGGGGCUGCAGGAGCUGACACCGCCCCCAUUUUACAGAGAGGAACACUGAGGAGGAGGGAGGCCAACCUGGCUGGCAGGACGGUGGCGGCUGAGGUGAGGAAGCAGAUCUCAGGCCAGUAUGGCGGCUCCCCUCAGCUGCUCAAGAACCUCAGCCUGGCUGGCGGCGCCUCCCACCACACCUCCGUUCCCCUGACUGAGGCUGUGGACCCCGUGGAUCUGGAAGAGUACUUACUCACUCACCCACUUGCUGUGGAGUCUGGGCCUCUGAGGGAUUUGCUUGAGUUUCCCCCAGAUGACAUCGAAGUGGUUUACAGUCCCCGAGACUGUCGGACCCUUGUGUCCGCCGUCCCUGAAGAGAGUGAGAUGGACCCGCACGUUAGAGACUGCGUAAGAAGCUACACGGAAGACUGGGCCAUAGUGAACCGAAAGUACCACAAACUGGGAACAGGCUUUAAUCCGAACACAUUGGACAAACAGAAAGAAAGGCAAAAAGGUUUGCCCAAACAGAUCUUUGAAUCCGAUGAAGCGCCUGAUGGUAGCAGCUACCAGGAUGAGCAAGACGACCUUAAACGGAGAUCCAUGUCGAUCGAUGACACUCCCCGGGGCAGCUGGGCCUGCAGCAUCUUUGACUUGAAGAAUUCCCUGCCUGACGCGCUGCUCCCCAGCCUGCUCGAUCGCACCCCGAACGAAGACAUCGACCAUCAGAACGACGACCAAAGGAAAGCCAACCGGCACAAGGAGCUCUUCGCACUGCACCCGGCGCCAGACGAGGAGGAACCAAUAGAACGACUCAGCAUUCCUGAAGUACCCAAAGAACAUUUUGGCCAACGACUUCUUGUCAAGUGCUUGUCCCUCAAAUUUGAAAUUGAAAUUGAACCCAUUUUUGCAAGUUUGGCCUUAUACGACGUCAAGGAAAAGAAAAAGAUCUCUGAGAACUUCUACUUCGACCUGAACUCGGAGCCCAUGAAGGGCCUGCUGCGCCCCCACGUGCCCCCGGCCGCCAUCACCACCCUGGCCAGGUCCGCCAUCUUCUCCAUCACAUACCCUUCGCAGGACGUGUUUCUGGUGAUCAAGCUGGAGAAGGUGCUGCAGCAGGGGGACAUCGGGGAGUGCGCCGAGCCCUACAUGAUCUUCAAAGAGGCCGACGCCACCAAGAACAAGGAGAAGCUGGAGAAGCUGCGGGGCCAGGCUGAGCAGUUCUGCCAGCGGCUGGGGAAGUACCGCAUGCCCUUCGCCUGGACGGCCAUCCACCUGAUGAACAUCGUCAGCAGCGCCGGCAGCCUCGAGAGAGAUUCGGGUGAUGUCGAGAUCAGCGCCGCAGAACGCAAAGGCUCCUGGUCCGAGAGGAGGAAUUCCAGUGUUGUUGGCCGGCGGUCCCUAGAAAGAACGACGAGCGGAGAUGAGGCCUGCAGCCUGACCACCUUCCGGCCAGCCACCCUCACUGUGACCAACUUUUUUAAGCAGGAAGGAGACCGCUUAAGUGAUGAAGAUCUCUAUAAAUUUCUUGCUGAUAUGAGAAGGCCAUCUUCUGUCUUACGGAGAUUAAGACCCAUUACAGCUCAGCUGAAGAUUGACAUUUCUCCUGCACCAGAGAAUCCCCAUUACUGCCUGACCCCCGAAUUGCUGCAAGUCAAACUCUACCCUGACAGUAGAGUUAGACCUACCAGGGAAAUCCUGGAAUUUCCUGCCAGAGAUGUGUAUGUCCCGAACACUACUUACAGGAAUCUCCUUUAUGUAUAUCCCCAGAGCCUCAAUUUUGCAAAUCGCCAAGGUUCUGCCAGAAACAUUACUGUAAAAGUCCAGUUUAUGUAUGGAGAGGACCCAAGCAAUGCCAUGCCUGUGAUCUUUGGCAAAUCCAGCUGUUCAGAAUUCUCCAAGGAAGCCUACACAGCGGUAGUGUAUCACAACAGAUCGCCAGAUUUCCAUGAAGAAAUCAAAGUGAAGCUUCCUGCCACCCUGACCGACCACCACCACCUGCUUUUUACCUUCUAUCACGUUAGCUGUCAGCAGAAACAGAACACUCCGCUGGAGACUCCCGUGGGCUACACGUGGAUCCCCAUGCUUCAGAACGGACGCUUGAAGACUGGUCAGUUUUGCUUGCCCGUCUCCCUGGAAAAGCCGCCCCAGGCCUAUUCGGUGCUCUCUCCUGAGGUGCCUCUCCCCGGAAUGAAGUGGGUCGAUAACCACAAGGGCGUCUUUAACGUGGAGGUGGUGGCCGUGUCCUCCAUUCACACGCAGGACCCCUUCCUGGACAAGUUCUUCGCCCUGGUCAACGCGCUGGACGAGCACAUGUUCCCCGUGCGCAUCGGCGACAUGAGGAUCAUGGAGAACAACCUGGAGAGCGAGCUCAAGAGCAGCAUCUCCGCCCUGAGCUCGUCGCAGCUCGAGCCCGUGGUGCGCUUCCUCCACCUGCUGCUCGACAAGCUGAUCCUGCUCGUCGUGCGCCCGCCGGUCAUCGCCGGCCAGAUAGUGAACCUGGGCCAGGCGUCCUUCGAGGCCAUGGCGUCCAUCGUGAACCGGCUGCACCGGAGCCUGGAGGGCAGUCAGGACCAGCACGGCCGCAACAGCCUCCUGACCUCCUACAUCUAUUACGUGUUCCGGCUGCCCAACACGUACCCCAGCUCGCCCUCGCCAGGACCCGGAGGCCUGGGGGGGUCCGUGCACUACGCCACGAUGGCUCGCUCGGCCGUGAGGCCCGCCAGCCUCCACCUGAACCGCUCGCGGAGCCUCAGCAACAGCAACCCGGACAUCUCCGGGACGCCCACGUCUCCCGAUGACGAGGUUCGCUCCAUCAUCGGCAGCAAGGGUUUAGACCGCUCCAAUUCCUGGGUUAACACUGGUGGUCCCAAGGCUGCCCCAUGGGGAUGCAACCCCAGUCCAAGUGCAGAACCAACACAGGCUAUGGAUCGAAGUUGUAAUCGUAUGUCUUCGCACACAGAGACGUCAAGUUUCUUACAAACAUUAACGGGACGUUUACCAACUAAAAAGCUUUUCCACGAGGAGCUCGCUCUGCAGUGGGUCGUCUGUAGCGGCAGCGUCCGAGAAGCAGCUCUGCAGCAGGCCUGGUUCUUCUUUGAGCUGAUGGUGAAAAGCAUGGCGCACCAUUUGUAUUUCACCGAGAAGCUGGACGCCCCCAGGAAGAGCCGCUUCCCCGAACGCUUCAUGGACGACAUCACGGCCCUCGUCAGCACCAUCGCCAGCGACAUCGUUUCCCGCUUCCAGAAGGACGCAGAAAUGGUGGAAAGACUCAACAUGAGCCUCGCCUUCUUCCUCAACGAUCUGCUGUCCAUCAUGGACCGCGGAUUCGUGUUCAGCCUCAUCAAGGCCUGCUACAAACAGGUAUCCUCGAAGCUGUACUCGCUGGCCAACCCGAGCCUCCUGGUGUCCUUGAGGUUGGACUUCCUGAGGGUCAUCUGCAGCCACGAGCAUUACGUCACCCUGAACCUGCCCUGCAGCUUGCUCACGCCGCCGGCCUCACCAUCCCCUUCUGUGUCUUCUGCAACGUCUCAGAGCUCUGGAUUUUCUACAAAUGUACAAGACCAGAAGACAGCAAACAUGUUUGAGUUGUCUUUGCCCUUCCGCCAGCAGCAUUACUUGGCAGGACUUGUAUUGACUGAACUGGCCAUCAUUUUAGACCCUGAUGCAGAUGGUUUGUUUGGAUUGCAUAAGAAGGUCAUCAACAUGGUACACAAUUUACUGUCCAGCCAUGACUCAGACCCGCGGUACUCUGACCCCCAGGUAAAGGCCCGCGUGGCCAUGCUGUAUCUACCUUUGAUCGGCAUCAUCAUGGAGACUGUGCCCCAGCUGUACGAUUUCACAGAAACUCACAAUCAGCGGGGGCGGCCGAGCUGUGUGGCGAUGGAGGAGUAUGAGAGCGAAGGAGGGAAUAUGAUCAGCCAGACGGUGGCCAUGGCCAUAGCGGGCACGCCGGUCCCCCAGCUCGCCAGGCCCAGCAGCUUUCUGCUCGCUUCAUCGAGUGGCCGCCAGCACUCCGUGUUCUCGGCCGAGUCCAGCCGCAGCCUCCUCAUCUGUCUGCUGUGGGUCCUCAAGAACGCCGACGAGACGGUCCUGCAGAAGUGGUUCACCGACCUGUCCGUGCUGCAGCUCAACCGGCUGCUCGACCUGCUCUACCUCUGCGUGUCCUGCUUCGAGUACAAGGGGAAGAAGGUCUUUGAGAGGAUGAACAGCCUGACCUUUAAGAAGUCCAAAGACAUGAGGGCCAAGCUGGAAGAGGCCAUCCUGGGCAGCAUCGGGGCCCGGCAGGAGAUGGUGCGGCGCAGCCGGGGCCAGCUCGAGAGAAGCCCGUCGGGAAGUGCCUUCGGGAGCCAAGAAAAUCUGCGGUGGAGAAAGGACAUGACCCACUGGCGCCAGAACACGGAGAAACUGGACAAGUCCAGGGCAGAGAUUGAACACGAAGCACUGAUCGAUGGAAACCUCGCCACUGAGGCCAACCUGAUCAUCUUGGACACGCUCGAGAUCAUCGUCCAGACUGUCUCCCUGGCCGAGUCCAAAGAAAGCAUCCUUGGGGGGGUGCUCAAGGUGCUCCUGCACAGCAUGGCGUGCCACCAGAGCGCCCUCUACCUGCAGCACUGCUUUGCCACGCAGCGCGCCCUCGUCUCCAAGUUCCCAGAGCUGCUCUUUGAGGAGGAGACAGAGCAGUGUGCCGACCUGUGCCUGCGCCUCCUGCGCCACUGCAGCAGCGGCGUCAGCUCCAUCCGCUCCCACGCCAGCGCCUCCCUCUACCUCCUCAUGCGCCAGAACUUUGAGAUUGGGAACAACUUCGCCCGCGUGAAGAUGCAGGUGACCAUGUCCCUGUCGUCGCUGGUGGGCACAUCACAGAGCUUUAACGAGGAGUCUCUGCGGCGCUCCCUCAAGACCAUCCUGACCUACGCCGAGGAGGACCUGGAGCUGCGGGAGACCACGUUCCCAGACCAGGUGCAGGAUCUCGUCUUCAACCUGCACAUGAUCCUGUCGGACACCGUGAAGAUGAAGGAGCACCAGGAGGACCCCGAGAUGCUCAUCGACCUCAUGUACAGGAUCGCCAAAGGCUACCAGACGUCCCCGGACCUGCGGCUGACCUGGCUGCAGAACAUGGCCGGCAAGCACUCGGAGAGGAACAACCAUGCCGAGGCCGCCCAGUGCCUGGUCCACUCGGCCGCCCUGGUGGCCGAGUACCUGAGCAUGCUGGAGGACCGGAAGUACCUGCCCGUGGGCUGCGUGACCUUCCAGAACAUCUCGUCCAACGUCCUGGAGGAGUCGGCCGUGUCGGACGACGUGGUGUCUCCGGACGAGGAGGGCAUCUGCUCGGGAAAGUACUUCACGGAGGCCGGGCUGGUGGGGCUGCUGGAGCAGGCGGCUGCCUCCUUCUCCAUGGCGGGCAUGUACGAGGCGGUCAACGAGGUCUACAAGGUGCUCAUCCCCAUCCACGAGGCCAAUCGGGACGCCAAGAAGCUGUCCAUCAUUCACGGUAAACUGCAGGAGGCCUUCAGCAAGAUCGUGCACCAGAGCACGGGCUGGGAGGAUGGCAAGCGGAUGUUUGGCACCUAUUUUCGUGUCGGUUUUUAUGGGACCAAGUUUGGGGACUUGGACGAACAGGAGUUUGUGUACAAGGAGCCCGCGAUAACCAAGCUUGCCGAGAUCUCCCACAGAUUGGAAGGGUUCUAUGGAGAAAGAUUUGGAGAAGACGUGGUGGAAGUCAUCAAAGAUUCGAACCCCGUGGACAAGUGUAAACUGGAUCCCAACAAGGCCUACAUCCAGAUCACCUACGUGGAGCCCUACUUCGACACGUACGAGAUGAAGGACAGAAUCACCUAUUUCGACAAAAACUACAACCUGCGGCGCUUCAUGUACUGCACACCCUUCACCCUGGACGGCCGGGCCCACGGGGAGCUGCACGAGCAGUUCAAGCGGAAGACCAUCCUCACCACGUCCCACGCCUUCCCUUACAUUAAAACCAGGAUCAACGUCAUCCACAAGGAGGAGAUCAUCCUGACGCCCAUCGAAGUGGCCAUUGAGGACAUGCAGAAGAAGACGCAGGAGCUGGCGUUCGCCACGCACCAGGACCCCGCCGACCCCAAGAUGCUGCAGAUGGUCCUGCAGGGCUCCGUGGGCACCACAGUCAACCAGGGCCCGUUGGAAGUGGCCCAGGUGUUCCUGUCGGAAAUACCGCACGACCCGAAGCUCUUCAGGCACCACAACAAGCUGCGCCUGUGCUUCAAAGACUUCACGAAAAGGUGCGAGGACGCCCUGAGGAAGAACAAGAGCCUGAUUGGGGCCGACCAGAAGGAGUACCAGCGGGAGCUGGAGAGGAACUACCACCGCCUCAAGGAGGCCCUGCAGCCGCUCAUCAGCAGGAAGAUCCCCCAGCUGUACAAGGCGCUGCUGCCCGGCACCGGCCACAGGGAUUCCUUCAGCCGGAUGAGCCUUCGCAAGGUGGACCUCUAGGCGAGGAGGCACUGCCGGAUCACAGGGGCCGGCCUGGCCGGCCAGCUCCAUCUAGAAGCACCCCGGGCCGCAGCGGCCCUCGCUGUGGGCCGCAGACUGUGACGACCCAGAAAUCAUGGUGGGCUUCCGGGUGGUGGCGCAAGGCCACCACGGUGCACCCGCGCUGGGUUACUGGUCGCUGUCCGUCCACUUAACUUAUAGCUGGAGCCUCUCCAGACACCCUCUGGGGCCCCGUAGUCGUGCUCUGUUAAAGGUACUCAUUAAAUUGGUGGAUGUUUUCACUUA